AUUUAAGGGGGGAGGUUUGGAGCAGCCUGGACUCGCGGUGUCUCACAGCGUUUCUCCGACAGGAAUGAGCGAAACACUUUCUAAGAUUUUCUUCAAAAGCACCUCAGUUUGUGAAGACGAAUAAGAAAAAGAACAAGAGCUCUUUUGUCAGAGUCUUUAAGUCUACUUUAGGACACAGUUUUCGGGGACACUUGGUUUCAUCGCGAACGGAACCUUUUGGGGAUAAAGGGACGAAAGAAAAGCGCCGCUCUCUCCAGGUUAGCCCGGUAGGAUAAAAGAAGCUCGUCGUCAAGGAAAAUAGACCCCGUUGUUAAAAGGUGAUUUAAAUUGGCUUUAUUUAGCGAGUUUUUCCCCGCUCUGUCGCUUAUCUGGCUCUUUCGGGGGUGGAGGGGGACGCACAUUCUUUUCUUCUCCCCGUUAAGUUUGGCAAAAGUAUGCGCAAACUUGUUAGCUAGGUGCCCGGAGUACGUGAGCUGCACACGUUUAUGCCUGGAUUUACCGUUUUCCUCAAGUUUCAGCCCAGCACGGAGUGUUUCACCGGCCCAGUCUGAAGGCGAGCACUGCGAAUGAGCCGCUGCUGAUGCCCCAAAGGUCUGAAUGGAGUUCAAGUCGCAGCGGAGCCUUAAGUUGUAGCUCCCUCAGCAGAAUGCUGAUGAGGCAAAGUGUACUUCUGAUCCUGGCUUUAUUUGCCCAAGUUUUAAAGACCCAGUGUCGACCGGCCAACACCGAUGAAGUGCUUGCGGAAACGCAAGCAGAGCUGUUCACGCGGUAUCCCGGCGAUCGUCUGGAGCUGAGCUGCUCUGCCAAGGAGCAGCUCCACGCCGUCAACUGGACCAAAGACCACAUGGCCGUAGCGGACGGGGAGCACACGCGCAUCCGCAACGGCCAGUUGGAGAUUGAGACCGUGGAGUUGACGGACUCCGGUCUGUACGCGUGCACCACCUUCGGCAACCACAGCCUCUAUUUUAACGUCACAGUUGAUACCCUGGCCUCGUCGGAGGACGACGAUGAAGACGAGGAGUCCUCAUCCGAGGAAGCCAAACUGCUGGGCAGUCAGAAACUGCUGCCAAUGGCUCCACAAUGGGCUCACCCAGAGAAAAUGGAGAAAAAGCUUCACGCUGUCCCGGCCAGUAAGACGGUGAAGUUUCGAUGCCAGGCCAGCGGCAAUCCAGCCCCUACUCUGAAAUGGUUCAAAAACGGCAAGGAGUUCAAGAGAGACCAUCGUAUUGGAGGCUUCAAGGUCCGGGACCACGUGUGGACCAUCAUCAUGGAGUCUGUAGUCCCCUCUGACAAGGGAAACUACACCUGUGUGGUGGAGAACCAGUACGGCAGCAUCAACCACACCUACCAGCUCGAUGUAGUCGAGCGCUCUCCCCACAGGCCGAUCCUGCAGGCGGGUCUGCCGGCCAAUCGCACCGUGCCCGUGGGAAGCGACGUGGAGUUCGAGUGCAAGGUGUUCAGUGACCCUCAGCCUCACAUACAGUGGCUGAAGCACAUCGAGGUCAACGGGAGCCGCGUGGGUCCCGAUGGUUUGCCGUAUGUCCGUGUCCUUAAGCAUUCUGGGGUCAAUAGCUUGGACGCUCAGGUGCUGACCCUCUACAAUGUGACUGAGGAGGAGAGCGGAGAAUAUAUAUGUAAAGUUUCCAAUUAUAUAGGAGAGGCCAAUCAGUCGGCCUGGCUGACUGUCACCAAAUAUAAGCCCACAGCCGUCACGCACUACCCGCCGGCCAGCCACACGUACCUGGAGGUGGUGAUCUACUGCGUGGGCUUCUUCUUCAUCGCCGUCAUGAUCGCCAUCGCCGUCAUCGUCAAGAUCCGCACGUCGUCCAAGAAGAGCGACUUCAACAGUCAGCUGGCCGUGCACAAGCUGGCCAAGAGCAUCCCGCUGCGCAGACAGGUGUCCGUGGACUCGAGCGCCUCCAUCCACUCCGGAGUGAUGCUGGUUCGCCCCUCCCGCCUCUCCUCGAGUGGAUCUCCGAUGCUGUCGGGGGUGUCGGAGUACGAACUGCCCCAGGAUCCUCGCUGGGAGUUUUCUCGCAGCAGACUCGUCCUCGGGAAGCCACUUGGUGAAGGCUGCUUUGGUCAGGUGGUGAUGGGGGAGGUGCUGGGUCUUGACAAGGAGAAGCCAAACCGCGUGACCAAGGUUGCCGUCAAAAUGUUGAAAUCUGAUGCCACAGAGAAAGACCUGUCAGACCUGAUCUCAGAGAUGGAGAUGAUGAAGAUCAUUGGCAAGCACAAGAACAUCAUUAAUCUGCUGGGAGCCUGCACACAGGACGGUCCCCUGUAUGUGAUCGUGGAAUACGCAUCCAAGGGGAACCUGCGCGAGUACUUGAGAGCUCGGCGGCCCCCGGGCAUGGAGUACUGCUACAACCCAGACCAGGUCCCCAUCGAGAACAUGUCCAUCAAAGACCUGGUGUCCUGUGCUUACCAAGUGGCUCGAGGCAUGGAGUAUUUGUCUUCUAAAAAGUGCAUCCACAGAGACCUCGCCGCCCGCAACGUCCUGGUAACCGAGGACAGCGUGAUGAAAAUAGCCGACUUCGGCCUCGCGAGAGACAUUCACCACAUCGAUUACUAUAAGAAGACGACCAAUGGUCGCUUGCCAGUCAAGUGGAUGGCCCCCGAGGCUCUGUUUGACCGGAUAUACACGCACCAAAGUGAUGUCUGGUCGUUCGGGGUGCUGCUUUGGGAGAUCUUCACCCUGGGAGGCUCGCCGUACCCCGGCGUCCCUGUGGAGGAGCUGUUCAAGCUGCUGAAGGAGGGUCACCGCAUGGACAAGCCGUCGACGUGCACACACGAGCUGUAUAUGAUGAUGAGGGACUGCUGGCACGCCGUGCCUUCACAUAGACCCACAUUCAAACAGCUGGUAGAGGAUCUAGAUCGCUGCCUGGCCAUGACUUCCAACCAGGAGUAUUUGGAGCUCUCCGUGCCUCUGGACCAAUACUCCCCCAGUUACCCCGACACCCGCAGCUCCACCUGCUCCUCCGGCGAGGACUCGGUCUUCUGCCACGACGCCGGCGCCGAGGAGCCGUGCCUGCCAAAGUUCCCCCCCCACUCCAACGGGGCAGCUAUUAAGAAACGCUGAUACCUCAUCUCUCCGCUCAGACAAACUUUUGACAUUUCCUUUUGCUCCCUCGCAGGGUAGGAGUCUUUAUCCCCCCCCACACCCACACCUGGUAUUCCCAGAGAUGAAGCUAUAACAAAAAAACAAGAAAACACUCUGUGCUCUGCGAGGAAGGAGCUGGGAGUCACCUCGUGGAACACGUCGCAUCGCGUGGACUGAAGAGUGCCGCGUCUUUUUUUUCCCCCGGGUUCGUGGCGGUGACGGGUGUUAAUGGGGCACUUUGUGUUAACGGGGGAGGUGGCGAUUGGUCACGGCGUCACAGGAACGCUUCACUUUGGUCGUUCCACGGUCUGGACCCACUGUGAUUUAUGUUUUUUUGUUUUUUUUGCCGUCAUUAGUGGAGGACAACGUUCCGCUUUCUACACCAAACCCAGACACAAACAAACAGGACCAUUCAUUCAUUCAUUCACUCUCUUCUUGUAAAUACAGUUAGAAAAUUAUAAAUAUGAAUAUAUAUUUACACUGUACUCUUAUUUUUAAUACCAUAAUUGAUUUAUUUUCUUUUCUACAAGGUUUGUUUUUCGACCCGUUAUUGAAUGUAGUCGUCAGUAGCAGUUGUUACAUGAUUUAAAAAAAAAAGAAAAGAAAAGAAAAAAGAAGUUGCUGAGGAUUACACGGCCAGUCGUCAAUGGAUUAAAAAAAAAUAUGUGUUUUUUUUUUUUUAUUAACUGUACAUGACUUUUAUGACACCAACUGCAAUACAGUGUAGCUCAGUGUUUGGGUGUCUCUCCAUAAAGAGAUGGAUUUAUAAAUUCUUGUAUAUGCGACUGUGUGUGUGUGAGUGUGUGAGAGAGAGAGAGAGAGAGUGUGUGUUGAGUUUUUAAUCUGGUUUUAUCGAGAUAAUCCGUUUGCGCGGCCACAACUGUAAAUAUUCCGGGUUCUUUUUCCGGAUGUCGCUCGCUUCCGUCGGCGUUGCGCACUUCCGCUGUGCACACGCCUUCAAUCGCUGCCGUGUAACUCCCCGACGAAGAGUUGCAGAAUACGUAAUGAGGGAAAAAAAAUAAAUAAAUACAUUUAAUAAAUAAAAUGUUAAUCGCGAUGUAAAUCAUGUUUACAGGCCCCCGCGUCCAAUCGCCCACCCAUUAACCACAUGUCGGCCAGCGGCCCCCAGGAGAGCCGCAGCCGGCAGUAAACAUGUCAUUUAUGGCGAGGGCUGGUGCUACACAUCCAUCCAUCAGCCGCCCCGUGUCUCACUCUGGCUCCCUGCCACUGGUUGAUGCAUCACCUGGAGCGCAGUCUCCACGCAACAGGACAGAACCAGUUUCUGUUCAUGCUGUGCAGGCCGUGGAUCUGGCAACCACGUCUCGGCCUUCAAGGAUGCAAGGUCACAUCUCGUCGGUCGCCUUCACACACACACACACACACACACAGGCUGCCAGGAUUCAGACAAACAUGGGAGGAUAACCUUGUUGUUUUCCCCCUUCGACAUAUCAUCCACUCCUGGAAACGGGGGCGUAAUAAAAAAAAAAGAGAAAAGCAUCCCAGCCGCAGUGGUUCGGGUGACGAUGAAGAGCCGCGUUCAGGAAUAGAAGAGGCAGAGGAGAGCUCCGGCUUUAUAACCCGCUAAUGGUGCCGAGCUGCAGGCGGAGGGUGUUAUCACGUCUGACAGAUGGCACAGGAAGAGUUUGGUGUGGAGCAAAGUUCAUCGGCCGUGAUCUAAUAACGCAACAGUAGCUGUGACUCGUGUGUGUGUGUUGUUAUAUUUUGGUGAAUAUGACACGAGUAUAAUUAGUGGUUUCUCAUCAAUCACAGAGAUGGGGGAAAAAAAGAAGGGAAGUGUCUGUACACGUGCUGUGAGAAUGACUAUCUGAUGACGAACUGAGGGAAUGGAAAAUUGAUUUGGGAAUUCUGGAAUUUCAGCCAUGUCCUAGAAAACCAGUUUUUAAAGAGCUCUGUUGUGGCCAAAUGCAGGAUGUGUGUGAGGCACGUUAAUGAAUUGCAAGAGCUGAGGUCUUGAAAUGCCCCCCCUCCCCCCAAAAAGGCAUAAAACUACAAUAAUAAUAGUUGUAAGUAAUAAAAAAAGGCUGAAAAAGACUUGGAAAGAAUGUGUGAGAAGGCACUCGAAUCGAGACAAUAAAGUCACACAGAACAAGGUCAGGAAUUAAAUAUUAAAAGCACAUUAUUUUUAUUUUAUUUUUAAUUCAAUUUACCAAAAUAAAACCCAAUUUUCUUUCAACCGAA